ACAAAGGAAUGUCCCUUUAAAUCCGGUGUUUGGUAUAAUAACAUAAAAGUUUCCAAUCUUUUCUUUUCCUUUCAGCUUUCAAACGGAAGGUGAAUUUCUCCCGUAUUUAAAUAGUGAGUCGAUAGGACUCGUAUCGUCUUCAAUCGGCAGGGGAGCUCGAUCAUCGCCAGAAGACGGAUCCCCGAACUAUAUAAGCAUAUUUCAUGGAACAUAAACCUGGAAGCCAACAUUAAAAAGCCAUGUCCUACUUUCCUCGUUGAACUACCGAUCGUACCCUUGACUACCGUUUGUAUAGAGGACAAGCCACCUGAUAGCUUGUACGUCAAACUCUACAAAGCUCACCACAAACGAGGACGCAUUGAGAUGACGACACAGGCAGAGGUUGGAGCAGCUUUACUAGGAGUUGGUAGAAUUGGACAAGUGCACCUGAGGAACCUCGUGGAAAUAUCUGAUUUCCGGGUCCGAUGGAUUGUGGAUAUUAAGGAAAAUCAUGGGAAAAUAGAGGAACUUAUCAGGAAAUACAAAUUAGGUGAUGAAGCAGAGAUAACAACUCCAGAAGACUUAGACAAAGUCAUGGAAGAUUCCAGGGUCAGAGUCGUGGUUAUCUGCACUCCUACCACUUAUCAUGAACAUGCCAUCAUAAAAGCCCUUAAAUCAGGGAAACACGUUUUCUGUGAAAAACCUCUUGCGCCGACAUUGGAAUCAGUGAGGACAUGCUAUGCUGAGGCAAAUCGACAAGGAAAAACCCUCUUUUGUGCUGUUAACAGACGAUUUGAUCCCCAAUUACGUCAAAUCCGCGACGAGCUACUUGUCGGAAGGUAUGGUAGACCUCGUGUUAUCAAGAUGACGUCACACGACUUGAGUCAUCCAUUGGAGUACUACAAAUACAGUACUGGAGGUAUCUUUCUCGAUAUGGGUAUCCACGAUAUUGACUAUGUUUGUUGGCUGGCGGGAGGUAAACCAAAUUCUGUAAUGGCAACAGCUGUCAGAUCUUCCGAAAAAGCCAAAAGUUACAAGAGCAUAGGGGAAUUUGAUUCGGCGUCCGCCAUUUUGACCUUCCCAAGCGGUGUGAUUGGUCAGCUAGAUAUGUCACGUGAGAGUGGAUACGGAUAUAGCCAAACAGUAGAGGUGCUUGGUACUAAGAUGUUAGCAAAGAGUAAAAAUAUGAUGGAUACAGAGGUUGAGUGUUCAUGUGCUGACGUUGGAACAAAUAUUGGGAAAAUGACAGACUCUUUUCUUACACGGUAUGAAAAAAGCUUCAGAUUAGAAAUGGAACAUUUCUUGGAUGUCAUACAGGGUAAGGCAGUGUGUGACGUAACACCAGAGAGUUAUAUCAUCGCAUCAGAAGUUUCUGAAAUGCUGACGACAUCUGCACAGACAGGACAAGUCAUAACAUUACAAUGAAUUUUAUUUUUUAGAUAAAGAUAUCAUGUUUAGGCUAUCUUAGACAAAGUGACCUAUUCUAAUCGCCUUUUGUCCGUCGUUGUGCGACUUGCUUCUUGCAAGCGUCGUUCGUUCCUUAACAAUUUACAUUGUCAACUUUUUCACAAAAAACCCUGAACCAGUUUCAAUUUGUUACAGAAACCUUCCAAUGGUCAACCUAAAUUGUGAAUAAUAUGGUCAGGGAACUGAGGGGCGGGGCAAAAAGGGAUCAAAUUGACCGAAUUUCAUUAAAAAACAAAACAAAAAACAAAAAAAAACAAAAAAACAAAAAACAAAAAAAACAUAGAAAGUUUUCUAAGAACAAAGUUAAGUCGAAUCAAAUAUUCUUCAUAGAUGGUAGAGUGCUUUACCCAAAUUGUGAAUUUCAUAGCCCUCGGGGCUCACGUUUGCCCUUCGGUAAACUUUACUUUAGCUUAUAUAGGGAAAUCAUUUUUGACUUGUCAUUUGUUCAAUUUCUUUUGGAAUUAAUUCCAACUUUGUUAGAAUCGUCAGUAUGGGAUGACAAUUUGAAAAUAUGCACAUGUUGGUCCUGACUGACCACAGAUGGGCGGUGCCCGAAAGGUUAAAUUAACGGAAACAUUUCAGAACUCAGGUGACCGUAAAGACCAAUGGGUGUCUUUUUAAAAGCUAUAUAUAAGCAGAAAAUAUGUCGGAUGUUUUAUAAAUACACUAUAUAUAUAAA